GUUAUGUCAAAAAUGACACUAAUUUGAUGUAAGCAAACAGAGUUUUAUCCGUCUGUUAUCCGUUCAAUUGUAUUUGUUUGUAAACAUGGGCUGUGCAGACUCGAAGGAGAAGGAAUCUGAAGAGACAGAAGAGAGAACAUGCACAGAUGUUCUAUGGUUAAUUCUCUAUAUUUUGUUCUGGUUUUUGAUGGUGAUAAUUGCUGCGUUCUCUUUCGUCUAUGGCAAUCCGAUCAGAAUUAUUAAUGGCUAUGACUCAUUUGGAAAUACUUGUGGAACCAGGCACAAUCGGGUCAUGGGAAAUGUAUCACUCUCGGGACAGGACACCUCGGACAAGCCAUACCUUCUAUUCUACGACAUAAAAAACUUGGGAGAGUCCCUUAAGAUAUGCGUCAAGGAAUGCCCUAAUAAGACAAUGGACUCCGUUACUGAUAUUUACAACUACCACCGUGCAGGCGUUGAUGUCUGCAUUUACAACUUCAACUAUGAGGACCUGAAGAGCAAUAAGAUUGACCAAAAACUAUUGUCUGCUCCUUUAGGGCCCUGCCCUACCCUUCCAGUGUUUGAAGGGAAACCCGUUUUAAGUCGAUGUGUGCCCAAACAUGUGAAGGAAGUAGCAGAAGCUAUUCUGAGCAAUUUCUAUGAUUUGCUCAAUGGCUGGGACACUUUAGAGCAGAUUUUAAGGGACCUGUACCACACUUGGCAGGAAAUCCUAGGGCUUGCAGUAUUGUCUUUGGUGAUUUCAUUAUUGACCAUCACAAUUCUGCACUGUUUGGCGCACAUCAUUUCCUAUUUCAUUAUGAUUGGAUUCAGUAUUGCUAGUAUAGGAGGCACAGCCUAUUUAUGGUACACAUACUUUGAUAUUAAAAGGGGUUUGGAUCGGACUGAGCAAUUGGAAAAGUACAGCCUUUUAGUGGAAUCUGUACGCAAUGAAACCGCCUUUUUCUGGUAUGCUAUUGUAGCUACUGUUAUAACAGUGGUCAUUCUGUUGAUCGUCUUAUUCAUGAGGAAACAAGUUGAUUUUUUGGCCAAUUUAUUCAAAGAGACGUCCAAGUGCCUCAUGCAUCUGCCCGGCCUGUUCUUCCAACCACUGUUAACUUUCUUUUUUCUUGCAAUGUUUUUUAUGUUUUGGAUAUUUGUAGUGCUGUGUUUGGCUACGGCAAGCUACCCGGGAACAGAAGUGAUUUCUGGGGUUCGUGUUGAUGGAAAAGGAUCGAUUGGCUCGGGGCCCUUUACGCCACCGCCGGCCAACUCGAAUGAAAGAAACAUAUCCUUUGUGGAGAAGCUAACCAAUCUGAAAGUAGUCGAAUACGUGGAUGCCGGCUGGAUAAAGGGGAUGUGGUGGGUUUACUUUAUCGGACUAAUCUGGACGUCCGAGUUCAUCAUGGCAUGCCAACAGAUGGUGAUAGCUGGGGCGGUGGCCCAUUGGUUCUAUCGGCACAAAUAUAAGAGUAACGAUCAUGUGUGCUACUCGAUCGGCAAGCUCAUCAAGUACCAUUUAGGAUCGGUGGCUUUGGGAUCGUUGAUCAUCACCAUCUUUAAAAUACCAAGGCUGCUUCUGAUGUAUCUGCAUGAACGGUUCACAAGAAAUAAGGAAAAAGGCAACGAAUGUGCCUCUUGCGGCUUGAAAUGUUGCAUUUGUUGCUUCUACUGCUUGGAGAAAUUUAUUAGGUAUUUGAAUCACAAUGCGUACACCGUCAUUGCCAUUGAUGGCUCCAAUUUCUGCAAAGCAGCAGGAACGGCCUUUGAAGUGUUAACGUCUCACGCACUCCAAGUGGCGACUAUUAACAGUCUGGGCGACUUCAUCCUCUUCCUAGGCAAAUGCUUUGUAACUGCCGUGACGGGCGUUGUGGGCUUGGCUCUAUUCAGAAGGAAUCCGCAGCUGAGUUUCUACGCAGCCCCCACUCUGCUAGUUUGCAUCUUCGCUUUCUUUGUCGCACAUUGCGUGCUCUCACUGUAUGAGAUGGUGUUGGAUACUGUUUACUUGUGUAUGUGCCAAAGUGGGGAUGCCCCGGAUGGCAUCCAAAUGCAGAAUCUCGGUGUGACCAAUAAUGGAAAUACUCAACCCCAAAGUACUGAACUGGAACCAAUGAACUAGCGCGGGGGGUAUUUCGCCUUUAUUCGCUAUUUUAGGUAGGUAAUCCAUCAUGGUACCUUAUCGCACACAGUUCUUCCAACCCGAAACAAAUACGUCAUCUUAGCAUUCUUCGGGUAACAAAAUAUCGAACAAGUGCCCGAAUAUAGGGCAAAGCACGGGUUGAAAUAUUCCUGCAUGGUAUGCUCAGCAAGUAUUAUUUUAAGUUGUUCCCUACGUACAUUUAAUAUUUUUUACUCGAUUGUUUAGCACCCAAGUGCACAUUUCAUAUUUGCAAUAAAUGGUAAUUAAACGCA